CCAGCAGUCAACGCUUUGGACUUCCGCCGGCUAGACGUCUUCAGGAUCAUGGCCAUGAAAAAGAGAUAUGUGAAGCGCCUGGUCCGCAAGGUGAUCCUCUGGCUAGUGGUCAUUGCCCUGGUGGCUCUGGUCACCACUUUGAUAGUGGAGAAGCGCAUGAAACCAACUGAAAAAUCCGGAGAAGAAAACCUUGAUCCAAAUGGAGAUCCCAUUACACCCAUUUUUCGUGCGGCCCAUAUUCAACCCACCAGGAAGGCGCCACGUCCCCCCUACCAGGAUCGCAACUCCUUUGUAAAUCCCCCCAAGGAGGUGAAGCAGGGUUUUAGGCUGCCGGAACCAAAGGGUGAGCGAAAGGAUUGGCAUGACUACGCGGCCAUGGAGGCAGACAAGCAACGGAGAGGCCUGGGAGAGCACGGAGCUGCUGCUCAUGUGGGUGCCGAUGAGAAGGAGCUGGAGGAUCAGCUGUACAAGAAGAAUGGCUUCAAUGGUCUUUUGUCGGAUAGAAUUUCGGUUAAUCGAUCUGUGCCGGAUGUGCGAUUGGAAGAUUGCAAGACCCGCAAAUACCUGGCCAAGUUGCCCAAUGUCAGUGUCAUCUUUAUUUUCUUCAAUGAACACUUCAACACCUUGCUGAGAUCCAUUUACAGUGUGGUUAAUCGCACUCCCCCUGAGUUACUACGUCAAAUAAUUCUCGUGGAUGAUGGCAGUGACUGGGAGGUUCUGAAACAACCCCUGGAUGACUAUGUGGCCAGGCACUUUCCCCAUUUAGUGGAUAUAGUAAGGAAUCCGGAGAGAAAGGGUUUAAUUGGGGCCAGGUUAGCCGGAGCCAAGGUGGCCUUAGGGGAGGUCAUGGUGUUCUUUGAUUCCCACAUUGAAUGUAACUAUAAUUGGUUACCUCCCCUCCUGGAACCCAUUGCCAUCAACCCCAAGAUCUCCACCUGCCCCAUUGUGGAUGUCAUUAUGCACACCGACUUCUCCUAUGGCGGUGGCUAUCAGGAGGGUUCCCGUGGUGGCUUCGAUUGGAAGUUCUUGUACAAACAGCUGCCUGUUUUGCCCGAGGAUUCGGUGGACAAGUCCCUACCCUAUCGCAGUCCCGUGAUGAUGGGCGGUCUGUUUGCCAUAAGAACGGAUUUCUUUUGGGAUCUGGGUGGCUAUGAUGAUCAGUUGGAUAUUUGGGGCGGUGAGCAGUACGAGUUGAGCUUCAAAAUUUGGAUGUGUGGCGGCAUGCUGCUGGAUGUGCCCUGCUCCAGGGUGGCUCACAUCUUCAGAGGACCCAUGGAGCCCAGACCCAGUCCAAGGAAGCACAAUUUUGUGGCCAAGAACCACAAACGCGUGGCCGAAGUCUGGAUGGAUGAGUACAAGCAAUAUAUUUAUGACCGCCAACCGGAUACCUAUAAUAACCUGGAUCCUGGUGAUCUCUCCCGUCAGCUGGCCAUUCGUGAGCGACUCCAGUGCAAGUCCUUCCACUGGUACAUGACGGAAGUGGCACCCGAUUUCCUGGCCAAGUUCCCGGCCAUUGAACCGCCCAGCUAUGCCUCCGGCGCCCUUCAGAAUGUCUUCUAUUCCCAUUACUGCCUGGACACCAUGGGCAAGGCUUCCAAUGAGGUCGUUGGUCUGUUUACUUGCGCGGAGAAUCGCACUCAUCCCCAGGCCACUCAGUUUUGGACUCUCUCCGCUUACCGUGAGCUGCGCCAGCACUCGGAUUCCAUAUGCCUGGACGUGCAGGCAUCUCCGCCAAAUGCCACUGUCUGGAUGUGGUCCUGCCAUAAUAUGGGUGGCAAUCAGUUUUGGUUCUACGACAGGGAGAACCAGUGGGUGGUCCAGGGCCAAAAGAGCAAUCGCUGCAUGGAGGGAUUUGUGGAGGAUGGAAAGCAACAGGUGCUGGUGAAUGAGUGUCAGAAGGGUAAUGAUCGGCAGAGAUGGAUUUUUGGAACUGUGAAUGACACUUUGUUGGAUAAGUUCUUUGAGGGAGUACAGUAGGUGAAAAUAUAUGGAAAUUUAAUAGAAAAUAAUGUAAAAAUCAUUAGUAAUGCCUCUGCAAUGGGUUUCUAAAUUGAAAUGUAUAAAAAAGGCUUUAAAAUGUGGAAGAAUAUUUUUUAAGUAUUGAAAUCAAUGUAAAAGGAGUUCAGAAGUUUAAAAGGAUUUUUAUUGCUUUAAAUUCCAUGUUUUUAAAAGAUACAAAGAAUUUGUAUGUUAAAUUUUGGUCACCAAAAAAACUUAAAAUUUUUUAAUGUAGGCUAAAUUAUUGUCUCUUAAAAUCAACACUUAAAAACAAUUACUUUUUCCCAAAAACUAAAAUUAAAAACACCUUUGCCUCUCUUUAAAGAAACCUAUAAUUAAUACUCCUUGCUCUCUUUCUUUCUCUAAGAUA